UUUGGUUUCUCUCUUUUGUCAUUUUCAGACAAUGAUGAACGAAUAAGAAAUAAUCUCUGUAAUUUCCAAUCAAAUAUUUCGAUUCGACCCAUUUUUCACCUUCCUACGACGAAUCAAAAGUUUGUAUCUUGUUGUCAUUGCAUCGUCAUUUCAACCCCUGACUCGUUCCUCGACUCAGUUUGUGACUCAAUAAUGGAAAAAGUUGUUGUAGGAGCUGCGGUGGUUUGUGCGGCUGCGGCGGCGUUUGCGGCUGCUACGGUGGUGUACCAACAAAGAAAAGGGUCAUCUGGAAAGUGGGGUAUGGCUGAGGAUAUUGUGAAGAGGUUUGGUGAAGAGUGUGGGACCCCAAUUGAGAAGUUGAAGAAAGUUGCUGAAGCUAUGGUUUUUGAAAUGAAUAAAGGUCUUGCAUCUGAAGGUGGUAGCAAGCUCAAGAUGUUGAUCUCAUUUGUUGACAAUCUUCCAUCUGGGAAUGAGAAAGGAAUGUUUUAUGCAUUGGACCUUGGUGGCACAAACUUUCGUGCCCUUCGUGUGCAAUUAGGUGGAAAAGAGAAAGGUGUCGCCAACGUAGAGUCCGAAGAAGUUUCGAUUCCUCCUCAUUUAAUGACCGGUUCUGCGCAUGAAUUGUUCGAUUUUAUCGCGACAUCUCUUGCAAAGUUUGUUAAUUCUGAGCCUGAAGAGUUUCAUCCUCCCCCCGGAAGAAAAAGGGAAUUGGGUUUUACCUUCUCAUUUCCGAUCAGACAAACAUCGAUUUCAUCUGGGACUCUAAUAAAGUGGAGUAAGGGUUUCAACAUCCAGGAUGUGGUCGGAGAAGAUGUGGUGGGCGAACUAACCAAGUCCUUGGAAAAAAUCGGCCUUGAUAUGCGUGUUGCAGCUCUAAUCAAUGAUACUGUUGGAACGGUAGCGAAAGCCAGAUUCAGCAACCAGGAUGUCGUUGCCGGAGUAAUUCUUGGUACCGGAACAAAUGCAGCAUAUUUAGAGCAUACAAAUGCAAUUCCAAAAGGGCACGGUCUUUUACCGAAAUCCGAAGAGAUGGUUAUAAACAUGGAGUGGGGUAAUUUUUGUUCAUCCGAUCUUCCUUUAACAGAAUAUGAUCAAGCUCUUGAUGCGGCGAGCUUAAACCCUGGAGAACAGAUUUAUGAAAAGAUAAUUUCUGGUAUGUAUUUGGGAGACAUUGUAAGGAGGGUAUUACUAAAAUUGGCCGAACAAGCCGAUUUUUUUGGAGAUAAUGUUCCUCCUAAGUUGAGAAUUCCUUUCAUACUUAGGACACCUGAUAUGUCAGCUAUGCAUCAUGAUACAUCUUCAGAUCUGAAGGUGGUUGAAAACAAAUUGAGAGCUAUAUUCGAGAUCCAUAACACAUCACUAAAAAGGAGGAAGAUAGUUGUGGAACUCUGCGAUAUUGUUUCUGUUCGGGGGGCCCGCCUUGCCGCUGCUGGUAUUUUUGGCAUCCUAAAGAAAUUGGGAAGAGACACGGUAAAGGCCGGGGAGAAACAAAAAUCAGUGAUAGCAUUGGAUGGUGGAUUAUUUGAACACUACACGAAAUUCAGAUCAUGCAUGGAGAGUACGCUAAAGGAGUUGUUAGGAGAUGAAGUAGCCAAGACAAUCGGCAUCGAGCAUUCAAAUGACGGCUCUGGAAUUGGAGCAGCCCUUCUUGCUGCUGCUCAGUCCAAAUAUUCGGGAGGGGAAGAGUCGUAAAAGAUGUGAUUGAUGCCAUUGCCAAAAGUAAAACAGGUGUAAUAAUAGUUUCAAUUUUCUUCAUAUCAAAUAGAUCAACAGAUUGAAGCAGCGAAGCCGUAGUUACCGGUCCUUUGGAGGUUUCAACUGGAGUGCAAUCGAAGUAGCGCUAUGUGUUGUUGCUGCAACCUUGCUGCUUCUUGGCGAAUUGCGGCCGGGCAUUGUUUUGGUUACAGUGUUUGUCUCUUCUCACUUUAAGAAUAAGAGGGGAGAUGUAAAACUUUUAAGAAUUCAUGUUUUGCCAAAUGUAACACGUUUACAAUGAAAAUAAACCAUGAUUAACUUAUUGGCAAAGGUGAAAGAUUUUGACUCAAAACUUAUGAGGUAUCAAUGAAGAGGAACCUUUUUAUAUUUUUGUUA